AUGAAGGGCAUACAGAUCAAGGAAUAUGUCAAGGGACCUGAAGACUUGAAGGUCAUCGAUCUCCCUACUCCCACCCCCAAACCCAACGAAUACCUCAUCGCCAUCCAUGCCUCGGCUACAAACUUCUUCGAUCUCCUGCAGAUCCGAGGAAAGUAUCAGCACCAACCCGCCUUUCCAUGGAUUGCUGGCUCCGAGUUCUCUGGUGUAGUGUUACAGGCCCCAACAUCUCUGCCCGGAGGACAAACGCCCAAAUACAAGAAAGGCGACAAGGUGUUUGGCGCUAGUCAGGGAGGUUAUGCGACACACAUUGUGUGCACCGAAGAGAAACUGAAGCCUGUUCCUGAGGGGUGGAGUUUCGAGGACGCAGCAGGCGUCUUCGUGACAGCGCCGACAAGUUAUGCCGGGUUGGUGACGCGAGCCAACAUCAAAAAGGGUGACUGGGUACUUGUCCACGCAGCAGCUGGUGGUGUCGGUCUUGCAGCUGUACAGAUAGCCAAAGCCUUUGGUGCGACUGUUGUGGCGACAGCAGGUACAAAGCACAAGCAAGACGUGGCCAGAGCCUUUGGCGCAGACUACAGCGUCGACUAUCGUCAGGCCGAUUGGCCCGAGCAAGUCAAGAAGUUGACUCCCAAGGGCCGAGGUGUAGACAUCGUCUACGACCCUGUGGGCCUCAUCGCGCAAUCGAUGAAGUGCACCGCAUGGAACGGACGUCUCCUAGUCAUUGGAUUUGCAGCAGGCGAUAUCGAGAAGAUGGCUACGAACCGUAUCUUGUUGAAGAAUGUCAGCGUGGUUGGCCUGCAUUGGGGCGCGUACGCCAUCAACGAGCCGGAGAAGCAGGAUGAAGUAUGGAAUGGCAUAUUCGAUUUGGUCAAGCAGGGCAAAUACAGGGGCACCGCCUACACGGACACCGAAUAUGUUGGCUUGGAGAGCGUGCCUGCUGCCUUGAAGGCUUUGGGUGGAAGAGAUAGCUGGGGCAAAGUGGUUGUCAAGGUGCCACAGGAGGGGCAGAGCAAGAUAUAA